AUGAAGUUCUUCAUUGAUGAUCUUCCGGUGCUGUUUCCGUAUCCUCGCAUUUACCCCGAACAAUAUGCCUACAUGUGCGAUCUCAAGAAGACCCUCGAUGCAGAGGGUCAUUGCGUGUUGGAAAUGCCUUCGGGGACUGGCAAGACAGUUUCACUCUUGUCGUUGAUUGUCGCGUACCAACAACACUAUCCAACGCACCGUAAGCUCAUUUACUGCUCCCGAACAAUGUCAGAGAUCGAGAAAGCUUUGGCGGAGCUGAAGGCCCUGAUGGAGCACCGCGCCAAGGAACUGGGUCAUGAGGAAGAGUUCCGUGCACUUGGUCUGACCAGUCGGAAGAACCUAUGUCUUCACCCCUCGGUGAAGAGAGAAAAGAGUGGCACGGUAGUUGAUGCUAGGUGCAGGAGCCUGACGGCUGGGUUCGUUAAAGAGAAGAAGGAACGUGGUGAGGAUGUUGACCUUUGUGUAUACCAUGAGAAUCUUGACCUCCUCGAACCACAUAAUCUGGUACCCACGGGUGUCUUCACACUUGAUGAUUUAUCGAGAUAUGGAGAAGAGCAUAAGCAGUGUCCAUACUUUUCUGCUCGGCGCAUGAUGCCAUGGUGCAACAUUAUUAUCUAUUCCUACCACUAUCUUCUCGACCCAAAAAUUGCCGAACGAGUUUCCCGAGAACUUUCGAAAGAUUGCAUUGUUGUUUUUGACGAAGCGCACAAUAUUGACAACGUCUGCAUUGAAUCGCUCAGUAUAGACCUGAGCGAGGAUUCUUUAAGAAAGGCCACCCGUGGCGCAACAAACCUGGAGCGCAAAAUCGAGGAAAUGAAAAGUUCCGAUGAGGCAAAACUCAAGAAUGAAUACUCAAAAUUGGUGGAAGGCCUACAAGAGGCAGAGAAAGCUCGGGAAGAAGAUCAAUUUAUCUCGAACCCUGUCUUGCCAGAUGACUUAUUGAAGGAAGCUGUUCCUGGUAAUAUUCGCCGCGCCGAGCAUUUCAUCUCUUUCUUGAAAAGAUUCAUUGAGUACCUGAAGACUCGCAUGAAAGUGACCCAUACCAUAUCCGAAACACCCCCUUCUUUCCUCACUCACUUGAAAGACCUAACCUAUAUUGAACGAAAGCCUCUGCGGUUUUGCGCCGAGCGUCUAACAUCACUUGUACGCACACUAGAGCUUGUCAACAUCGAAGACUAUCAGCCCCUUCAAGAGGUGGCUACUUUUGCAACACUGGUUGCAACUUACGACAAAGGAUUUGUUCUGAUUCUUGAGCCCUUCGAAUCUGAGGCUGCCACUGUGCCAAAUCCCAUCUUGCAUUUUACAUGCUUGGAUGCUGCCAUUGCCAUCAAACCGAUUUUCGAUCGCUUCAGCUCUGUUAUCAUUACGUCAGGAACUCUAUCGCCCCUAGAAAUGUAUCCAAAGAUGCUGAGAUUCCCCACCGUUAUGCAAGAAUCCUACAGCAUGACACUAGCUCGACGAUCUUUCUUGCCCAUGAUUGUCACUCGCGGCUCCGAUCAAGCACAGGUUUCAUCUUCGUUUGGAAUCCGUAAUGACCCCGGUGUUGUACGAAACUACGGAAGUCUGGUGACCGAGUUCUCUCGCAUAACACCCGAUGGUGUUGUAGUCUUCUUCCCAUCUUAUCUCUACAUGGAAUCAAUCAUCAGCAUGUGGCAAGGUAUGGGUAUCCUGGAUCAAAUCUGGAACUACAAGUUGAUUCUCGUCGAAACACCCGAUGCACAAGAAUCUUCACUUGCCUUGGAGACAUACCGAACAGCGUGUUGCAAUGGACGCGGCGCUAUCUUAUUCUGUGUCGCCCGAGGCAAGGUUUCCGAAGGUAUUGAUUUCGAUCACCAUUAUGGCCGUGCAGUGAUUUGUAUUGGCGUUCCUUUCCAAUACACCGAAUCUCGAAUCCUGAAAGCUCGUCUCGAAUUCUUGCGUGAGAACUAUCGUAUCAAGGAGAAUGACUUUUUGUCUUUCGAUGCAAUUCGACAUGCCUCCCAGUGUCUGGGUCGUGUGCUCCGUGGCAAGGACGAUUACGGAGUCAUGGUCUUGGCAGACCGCCGGUUCGAGCGAAAGCGCGCGCAACUGCCCAAGUGGAUCAACCAGGCAAUGCUGGACAGCGAAACCAAUCUCAGCACCGAUAUGGCCGUAUCAAAUGCCAAGAACUUCCUCCGAACCAUGGCCCAACCUUUCAAGGCGAAAGAUCAGGAAGGCAUUUCCACCUGGGGGUUGGCCGAUAUUCAGCGCCAUGAGGCAAAGAGGAAAGCCGAGGAAGAGCGGAUGAUGAGAGAGGAGGUGAACAAUGGGCAUGCGAUGCACGGCAUGAUCCCCUCUGCAUCCCGGAUCGUGGAGGACGAGUACGACGAUGACAUUGAUGAGGAUCUUAUGAUGCUGGAUGCACGAUAA